UAUGAUUGUGUUGAUAUGAUUGUGUUGAUCUGAUUGUGUUGAUAUGAUUGAGUUGAUCUGAUUGUGUUGAUCUGAUUGAGUUGAUCUGAUUGUGUUGAUCUGAUUAAUUUGUUUGGUAAACCCAGGUCUUUAUUGAACCCUUGAGAUUAGUUGGUCUGCCGUCUCAACACUGGUCUAGUUCACAGAUGUGUUUGAGUUUGUGGUUGUGUGUGUGUUCAGAGCUGGUGUGCGUGGGAGGAUCUGGGUGUUUUUUUCUUUUUGUGACACUGUCGCAGCACGAACAGUUCCAGGUCUCACACUGACGUUAACGUGAUGCUCUGAAACACAUCACAUCAUCUGUUGUGACAAAACUUCCAACCAGAAGUGGAGCAGAAAGUCCAGCGGUGUGAACCUCUGAACUCUUGGCUGUUUGGUUCUGUUCACCACGUUUUGUGUUCAUCGAUUCUUUAAUUACUCCGUUAGCGUUGUUUACCCUGCACUUUGGAGACUGACGUAUUUUAACGUUGUGGUUCUGUAGUGAAUCCAGGGGGAUCAAGGUGAACUGAGGUGGAGGAAGGACCCUGUUUGUGACCGAGCUGUUUGUGGGGGCGUAAAGCUGGAACCAGGCGGUCCGAACAAGACAAACAUACACCCACUCUCUGUGGUGAAUGUAUGUGUAGAGCGUUGUGUCAGUCAGAAACUCUGACCCUCGUCUCAAUCCACUGUGAAACCGCUGUCAUCUGGUUUAGAACUUUGUUCUUUGCAUUAGUUUGUAGUUGAGUUUGGAUUAAUUUAUCUUUCACUUUAGUUCCUCAGUUUACUCAAUAUUUGUUAGCGAUAUCAUGCUAAUUCAGCUUUGUUAGUCGAGCCGAAUCAUCAAGUUUAGUUUAACUUUGUUAAGUUUAGUUCACUUUAUCUCAGUUGAGCUGUUAUCAAGUUCAGCUUCUUGCAACUGUCAAUUUUUCUUUAGAUUAGCUUAGUUAGAGCAUGUUAUUAACAUUGGAUUAGCUUUUUUAGCGAUGGUAUCAACAAUAGUGUAGCUAAUCCAGUUAGUUUAGUCAUCAAUCUUAAUUUAGCCUUGUUUAGUUCAGUUAAGCGUUUACUUUGGUUUAACUUUGUUAUGCCAGAUGAGUUAUUGGCUAUCAAGUUUAAUUUAGAUAACAUUUCUUUGAAUUUACCUAUAAAUUGUGCUGUAAUUUCUUAUUAUAAAUUCAAGUUCAUAAUUAUUCCAUAGCAGGUUUACUGUCAUCACAAUGUGUGGAGUCAUACAGUAUAUUUGAACCUACCCUCCCUUUAAUUUCAAACUUGGCAUCAGUUUAUUUGUUUUCCUGAAAAGUGCCGGCCCCGGGUAUUUCAGUAACAAGAAGACUUCAGUCCAAAGUGAGUAUUUUGGAGUAAACUGCUUGACUGUAACAGAACACUGUGUCACAGUAGCUGUCUUACCCAAUAUUGUAGAUACAUAGAUACAUGAGUUCUUUUGAUUGUAUCUCGUCCUCCACGGAUUCAAAACCAACCAUUUAGACGGUGAAACCAAAGCAGUGUACAAACAGAGUCUUUAACAGUCUGACAGACAGCCUGUCUCUUUAUUUUCACAUUGUGUUGUGACCACAGCCAUCGUCGCGCCAGAGUUGAUUAUUAACCAGCCAACCGAGGGGCAGCAGCGAGUCCAGGCACUACGCUGUCCAGCCUCGAGAAGGUCGGCCAUAUCUGUCUUUACUCUUAUUUUAUUCAUCUCAUCUUUUUAUCCCUUUUGUCAUUUGUCUCCACAUCACACACAGGUCAGGCUGGUUGUUUGGAAAUGAAGCUGUGUCUUCUUCUUCUCUUGUUCUGUCUCUGCCGCCUGGGACUGACUGACGAGCCCAGUCCAGGAGCUCCGGAUGUGUCCGAUCCCGUAGAUGAAGAGGAAGAGGCAGAGGACACAGAUCGCAGCUGUAGAGGGGGGCGAGUGUUCAGCCCAGAGGAACACCAGGCGUUAGGGGGCGCCAUUGAGCGACUGGGGUUACAGCUCCUGGAAAAUCUUCCUAUUGGUCCACAGCAGCCGAAUGUCAUCCUAUCACCGCUCAGCCUGGCCUUUGCACUCGCUCAGCUCUCCUUAGGCGCUCGCAACGAGACAGAGAAGCUGCUGCUGAAGAGCCUUAACGCCAACAGUCUGCCGUGUUACCAUCACAUCCUGGGAAGCCUUGUACCUCAUCUCAGCAACACGUCGUUGGAUGUGGCGGCACGCAUGUACCUGCGACGAGGAUUUGAAGUGAGGCAGUCUUUCGUUGAGGACUCUCUGGCCAGGUACCAAUCACGCCCUGUUCCUAUAGUCUCCGUAGAGGAGGUCAACCAGUGGGUGGAGAACGUCACCAAUGGUCACAUCCCCAACUUCCUGGAAAGUAUUCCACAUGACGUGGUGCUUAUGCUCAUGAACGCUGUGUACUUCAAAGGUGAAUGGCAGACUCAGUUUGACCCCCUAGAGACCUCAAAGGGAUUGUUUUAUGUGGACACCCAAAACUCAGUGUCAGUGGACAUGAUGAAGUCUGCCAAGUAUCCUCUCCGUCUCCUCGUUGAUCCAGAGCUGGAAGCGCAGGUUGCCAGUUUUCCCUUCAAGGCAAAUACUAGCUUCUUAAUUGUCCUGCCCUUGCCAGGCAAGGGAAACGUGUCAUCAGUGCUUCCCAAACUGAACAUCUCCGACCUCUAUAGACGUCUACCUCAGGAGAAAACAAUGCAGGUCAACUUACCAAAGGUGAAGCUGCAGUAUCGCCAUGAGCUCCAGGAGGCGCUGACCAGCAUGGGCCUCGGCUCUUUGUUUUCAGGUCCUGACCUCUCUGGGAUUUCCGACCAGCCUCUGAAGGUGACGGGUGUCCGCCAUGCCAGCACAGUAGAAUUAAGCGAGGAAGGGGUGGAGGCGUCCGCCACCACUGUUGUUACCUCAAUGCGCUCCAUCUCCCUCUUCUCUGUCAACUCCCCCUUCUUCUUUGCCCUUGUCGAUGACGCCUCCCUGGCUCCACUCUUCAUGGGCAUUGUCACAAACCCCGCCCCCAACAAUGACGCCAUGCUCAAUGAUGAUCCCCACAACAACAGCACCAUGAGUGACCAACCCGUGAUGGACAGUUUCAGUGAAAGAGACAUAAAUAGCAAACACAGCAACAGGUCGCGCAGCAAGAUACAGUCAUGCAGCGCCCCCACUGGUCACAAUAAGCAUCUGCAGAGUGUAAAUGGACCGGAGGACAGCAAUGGACUGAAGACGACACAAGAAAACAAAACCUGCUCCAAACCAAACGACUCUGUACCGGCCUGAAGUUAUACAUUUUAUUCAUUAAAAGGGAAAUAGUUAAAAAUUUGGGGGAAUAACGUUUGUUCUUUUUUAUUUGCUGAGAGUUAGAUGUUUAGAUUGAUCCCACUAUCACGUCUGAAUGGUUAAUAUGAAGCGACAGGCAGCUACCGGUUAGCAUAGCUUAGCAUAAAGACUGGAAACAGCUAGCCAGGCUCUGUCCAAAGCUAAAAGAAAAUCCACCUCGCAGCAUCUGUAACUAUAUAGUCAUCAGCAUUAAGUUCGAUAUGAAAGAGUGUCAACAAUUUGAAACUCUAAAAACUCAGGUUUACCAAACUGGUGAAAGAUUUCUGAUGUGAUAAUGCAAAUACAGUUUUCCUUCCAACAAGUUGUUGUGAUGUUGCCUUUUUUUUUUCUGGCAGAUAAAUGAUGAUUCUAAUUUCUGUCAGCGAAAAUAAAAUGUUGACACGUGA